UCCAGGAGAUGGCGGUAAUGCGCCGGACACAUAUUCCGAACCAAACAACGAGUACGCUUGAGCAUGCGCAGUACAAAUUUAGGGUUGCUUGAACGCAACGUUGUCGAACCGUGCUAACUCAGCACAAACAUUUGGAUUCCUGUGUGAUUGAGCCCUAUCAGUCGCCAAAAUGGAUUUCCAGCAUCGGGCUGGAGGGAAGACCGGGAGCGGUGGAGUGGCAUCUGCCUCUGAGAGUAACCGUGAUAGACGAGAGCGGUUACGUCAGCUGGCCCUGGAGACUAUUGACAUCAACAAAGACCCCUACUUUAUGAAGAAUCAUUUAGGGUCAUAUGAGUGCAAACUUUGCUUGACUCUGCACAACAAUGAGGGCAGCUACUUGGCUCACACACAAGGAAAAAAACAUCAGACCAAUUUGGCGCGGAGAGCAGCCAAGGAGGCCAAAGAAGCUCCUGCUCAGCCAGCUCCAGCAAAAGUGAAAGUUGAGGUCAAGAAGUUUGUCAAAAUCGGUCGUCCAGGAUACAAAGUAACCAAACAGAGGGACCCAGAGACUGGACAGCAGUCUCUACUUUUCCAGAUUGACUACCCAGAGAUUGCUGAAGGAAUUGGACCCAGGCAUCGUUUUAUGUCUGCUUAUGAACAGCGUAUUGAGCCUCCUGAUCGUCGCUGGCAGUAUCUGCUCCUGGCUGCUGAACCAUAUGAGACUAUUGCUUUUAAGGUCCCCAGUAGAGAAAUCGAUAAAGCAGAAAAUCGUUUCUGGACCCACUGGAAUAGAGAGACCAAACAGUUUUUCCUGCAAUUCCACUUCAAAAUGGAGAAAGCCAUCACCCAGUCCAGCGGCCCAGUCCCUCCUGCAGGGGUGAAGCGCCCCCCUCCUCUCAUGAGUGGAGUUGGACCUCGCCCACCAAAUGACUCUAUGCCUCCUCCACCACCAGAAGGGAUGUCGGUACCUCCUCUUCCACCUGGUGCACCAGGUGCCCCUCAUAUGCCCCCACAGAUGCCCAUGCCACCUAUGCCAAUGAGACCACCUCCUCCUGAUGGCCUCUCAAUGUCUAACUGAUCCCUCACCAAUGAACCCCCCCCCUCAUGUUGUACAUUUACUCUUCCCUGUGUGUCUACAACAGUCCUCCCCCUGGUGAUGUUGCAGGUACACAUAGUUUGGUUAUUCCUAAAAACUAUGUUUGAAGCCUACAGUCAGUGGCUUAUUUCACAUUUGUUUAGUUCAUGUGUGUGGGGUAAAGCUCAACUUUUGUGAUGCUGUUUUUGUAAUAAAAUGUUUUUAUUAAAACGA